AUGUCAGCAAAGAGCGUGAAAGGCGAAGGAGGGAAGAAGCCCGCCAGCGCUGCGACCAACUUGAUCGCUGGAGGCGGAGCAGGCAUGAUGGAAGCGCUCGUAUGCCACCCCCUCGACACAAUAAAAGUGCGCAUGCAGCUGUCGAGACGUAAGACAGCACCUGGUCAGAAAAAGCGCGGCUUCCUCCAGACCGGCAAGGAGAUCGUCAAGAAGGAAACUGCUUUCGGUCUGUACAAAGGCCUUGGUGCCGUGUUGACUGGGAUCGUCCCGAAGAUGGCUAUACGCUUCACUUCGUACGAGUGGUAUAAGCAGUUGUUAGCGAAUGAUCAGGGACAGGUCACAUCUAGGGCGACGUUCCUUGCUGGACUCGGCGCAGGCAUCACUGAAGCCGUUGCAGUCGUAACACCCAUGGAAGUCGUCAAGAUCCGCAUGCAAGCGCAAUACCACAGCCUCUCCGACCCCCUCGACGUCCCCAAAUACCGCAGCGCGCCCCACGCCGCCCUCACUGUCCUGAAAGAAGAAGGCUUCGGCGCCCUCUACCGCGGCGUCUCCCUCACGGCCCUGCGCCAGGGCACCAACCAAGCCGUCAACUUCACCGCCUACACCGAAUUCAAAGAAAUCCUGCAACGAUGGCAGCCCGAAUACGAGGGCAAGAAUCUCCCUAGCUACCAGACCACGGUCAUCGGGUUAGUCUCGGGGGCCAUGGGACCGUUCUCGAACGCGCCGAUCGAUACGAUUAAGACGAGGUUGCAGAAGACGCCGGCUGAGCCGGGUCAGAGUGCCAUACAGAGGAUAACGCUGAUCUGUAAGGAUAUGUUCCGGCAGGAGGGGGCGAAGGCGUUCUACAAGGGGAUCACGCCGCGGGUGAUGCGGGUGGCGCCGGGCCAGGCGGUGACGUUUACGGUGUAUGAGUUUUUGAAGGGGAAGAUUGAGAGCAGUAGUUGGGCGUUUGCGGGCGGAAAGUAUGAGGAGUAA